AUGCCCACUAUCCCAGUUGAUAAGGAAGACCUCUUCAAGAUUUUGGGUAGAUCUUACACUACCGAAGAGUUUGACGAGUUGUGUUUUCAAUUCGGUAUCGAGUUGGACGAAGACACCACUGAUGAAUGCCAAGGUGAUGAAAGACCACAAUUGAAGAUUGAAGUUCCUGCAAACAGAUAUGACAUGUUGUGCAUUGAGGGUAUUGCCCAAGCUUUGAAUGAAUUUUUGGGAAAUAAAGAACAACCGAAGUACACUUUGAAGCCGGAAACACCAGAACUUUCUUUAACGAUCAAGGAAUCUACGUUCCCUAUUCGUCAAUAUGCAGCUUCCGCCAUUUUGAGAAAUGUUACAUUUGACCAAAGAUCCUAUGAUUCUUUUAUUGCGUUGCAGGAUAAAUUACACACCAACUUGUGUCGAAAUAGAACUUUGGUGGCCAUAGGAACCCAUGACUUGGAUACUUUGACCCCACCAUUUUCGUACGAAGCAUUACCACCAAAAGACAUCAAAUUCAAACCAUUGAACCAGUCAAAGGUCAUGAACGGAGAAGAGUUGAUGGAAUUCUACGAAAAGGAUAAGAACAUUGGUAAGUAUUUGCACAUCAUUAGGGACUCUCCCGUAUAUCCAGUCAUGUUGGAUGCAAACAGAACUGUUGCUUCUUUACCACCAAUUAUCAACUCAGACCAUUCAAAGAUCACUUUGAAUACGAAGAACGUUUGGAUCGAUGUCACUGGAACUGAUAGAACCAAGACUGAGAUUGUGAUUGAAACUUUGGUAGCAAUGUUUUCAAGGUAUAGCAAAACUCCAUUUGAAAUAGAGCCACUCAAAAUCAUUUCCGAACACAAUGGUGAGACUCGCGUCACUCCUAAUGUGACACCAAGAGAAGCUCAAGCAGAAAUAUCCUAUAUCAACUCAUGUUUGGGUUUGGAUUACUCUGGUGAAGAAAUUGCCAAGUUGUUGAAAAAGAUGUCAUUGGAAGCCACACCUUCAAAGGACAACAAGGACAUUCUUGACGUUAAAAUCCCGAUUACUAGAUCAGAUAUUCUACACCAAUGUGAUAUUAUGGAAGAUGCAGCCAUUGGUUAUGGAUACGAUAACUUGAAGAAGACCAAGCCAAGCAGUGAGAGUAUGGUUGCAUCUGCGUUGCCUGUGAACAAAGUAGCGGAUAUUUUGAGAUUAGCCAGUUCACAAGCAGGCUACCUGGAGGUCAUGCCGUUAACAUUGUGUUCCCAUGACGAAAAUUUUGGAUGGUUGAGAAAGAAGGAUGAUGGUACAGCAGUUAGGUUGGAAAAUCCAAAAACAAUUGAAUACCAAGUUGUUAGAACAACUUUGUUACCAGGUAUCCUAAAAACAAUCAAAGAAAAUAGAAAGCAUUCAUUGCCUAUUAAAGUGUUUGAAUGUGGCGACAUCGUUUUGAAAGAUGCAAGCUUGGAAAGGGGUGCUUUCAACCAGCGUAACUGGGCUGCUGUGUAUGCUGGUAAGACAUCUGGCUUCGAGUAUGUUCAAGGUUUGUUGGGAAAGAUUAUGCAAACUAUGAGAACCCCCUGGUUGGAGAACCCAUCUAAGGAUGAAAGAAGAGGUUAUUGGAUUAAGGAGGACAAGACCAACACUACAUUCUUUGAUGAAAGAGGAGCAAAGAUCUUUUUCAGAAGUCAAGCAAAUGGCGAGGCUAAAGAAGUCGGGUGUAUUGGUGUUUUACAUCCUGAGGUGAUGAACAAUUUUGACAUCCCAUAUGCCGCUUCCUCCGUUGAGUUGAAUGUGGAAGUGUUUUUGUAA